AUGCCCAAAGCCAGGAAGGAUGUUGUGCGCCCCUCGGGGGCAGAGGAGUCGAGCAUGAUGCGGAUGGUGGUCCGAAGUGUGGGGGGCUUCAGCCUGGGCUUGUCCUUGGCCACGGCCUACGGGCUCCUGGAGCUGCUGGUGGAAGGGCGCAGCCCCUGGGGCUGCCUGGUGGGCACUCUGACUUUAGCUGCCUUCCUCUGCCUGGGCAUGGGAUUCUCUCGUAAGGUCCGAGUCACUGUCCUCCUGCUGCUGCCUCAGGCCUUCUCCAAGCAGAGCCAGACACUGCUGUUGGUGGCUUCCUUUGGGUUGGUGCUGCAAGGGCCUUGUGCCAACACUCUGCGCAACUUCACCCGAGCCAGUGAGGCCGUGGCCUGUGGGGCAGAGCUGGCCCUGAACCAGACUGUGAAGUUGCUGCAGCGAGCUAAGCAGCCCCUUGUCAGUGCCUUGAACAAGAUUAAAGCCAUCGCCCAGAAGGCCAAAGAGGUGGCUGACAGGGUGCGCAGGUUCUUUCGGUCAAUCAUGAAUGGAGUGAAGCAUAUAGCCAGGGCCUUGCGCAACAUAUGGUUUUGGAUCCUGCAUAUUGGAGAUGUGUGCAACUCAGAACUGGGCAACCCUUACUCGAAGUGUGCACGGGUCUUCGAAGAUGCCCAGGGCAGGUGCAUGAAGGUCUUACCGAGAAUCUCUUACCUGUGUUACACGCUCGUGCCCUUCAAGCUGGUGCUCUGUGGACUUGGCAGCGUGCUCCAGCUGUUCUGCAUCAUCCCCAAGUACGUCCAACCCUUCUUGAGCAAGACCAUAGGCACCCCUGUGAAGAAGUUGAUUAACCGGGUGCGUCAAGAGUUUGAGUUCAACGUGACAGCCACCCACUACUACUCUGUGGAUCUCAAUGCCUCUCGGAGCCUGUCCCAGGUCUCUCUGGACCUCUACGAAGCUGUCAGCAUGAAGCUGUACCGCGCCCGAGAGACCCUGGCUCUGACGGGCUACACCACGCCUCUGAUGCUUGUGUUUCUCUACCUCCAAGCCCUGUUUUACCGGUACUGUUACCUGAACUGGGACCGCUAUGACAAUGUCUACAUCACCAGCCGAUUCCUGCGCAUGGAGGCUGUCCGCGCCAAGGCGGGACUGCCCACGGUGCUGCCACUCAGUGCCCAUGAGGCCAGGCUCUAUAUCCGGCCUGGCUCCAUCUUCCUGUCCCAGCGGGAGCUGAUUAUUUACAUUGUGUCAAUGGCCUACCUUAUUCGGCACAUCCUCCUUGUGCUGCUCCUGAUCUUCCUGGACUAUGCCGUCUUCUGGGUGCUGGACCUGGCCCGGCACCAGCUGCAGGGGGAUGUGGUGGCCCGCAGCCCUGUGUCAGUAUCCAUAACUGUGGAAGGCAGUGGCUAUACUGGGUCGAUUUAUCGUGACCUGGUGUCAGCAUUUGAUGCCCUGCACCAAGGCAACAUCACGGUCUUGUCACAGCGCUGUCUCCUGCAACCCUCGGAGCCCAACACCACCAGUUACAUAGUCAUUGGCAUCAUGUACGGCCUAUGCCUCUUCAUCAGCCUGUUUGGAAACCAUAUCAGUCGGCUGCGGCGGGUCAUCUGUGCUUCCUACUAUCCAUUCCGAGAGCAGGAGAGGAUCUCCUACCUCUACAAUGUACUUCUGAGCCGCCGAGUCAGCAUGUUGGCUGCCCUGCACCGAACAGUGAGGCGACGGGCAGCUGACCAGGGCCACCUGAGCAUCCUCCAGGUGCUGACCAGGCGGUGCUUCUGUCUGGCUCCAUUUAUCAACCACGUCGGGCAGCACCAGACCUAUUGCAUGGGCUGCGGACAGCUCCAGGUCGAGGGGGUCACGGAGAAUUUUGUGUCCUGCAGUACCCCAACCUGCCGAGGUCUCUUCUGCCCCACCUGUUUCCGCCUCCUGGACAACACCUGCUCCGUGUGUGCAUCUCCCCUCUCCUACCAGGGAGAACUGGAACUGGAGUUGGACUCCAGUGACGAGGAAGGCCCCCGGCUGUGGCUGGCAGCAGCUCGAAGAAAAGACCCUGGGCAGGAGAGGUUACUGAGGCAACGCCUCCAAGAAGCGCUGGGCAGAACCUUCUUAUCAGAGUCCAGCUCUGAGUUCAGUGACCUGGAUGAGAAGGGACCUUGACAGAGGAAGCAGAGGCCAUAG